AAUACCUGUUCAUAUCUGUAUCUGUUUAGAACACAUCAUCUGUUCAUUCCCAAUAAUGUAUUCACAUUCACUUCCAUCCCUACAGACAGCAUCAGUGAGCAGAACGAGUCCACACAGACGACUCCGACUAGAAGAACCAGCACCGGAGUGACUCACACUGAAAAUGGAGCUUCUCAAAACAACAUUCCCAAGAACAGUACAGAAGAUAUCUGGACUACAAAUUCCUCCACUAAAUCCUCCACAACUGCAUCUACCAUGAACAACACGGACAGCAUCAGUGAGGAGAACGAGUCCACACAGACGACUCCGACUAGAAGAACCAGCACCGGAGUGACUCACACUGAAAAUGGAGCUUCUCAAAACAACAUUCCCAAGAGCAGUACAGAAGAUAUCUGGACUACAAAUUCCUCCACUACAUCCUCCACAACUACAUCUACCAUGAACAACACGGGUUCCUCCACUAAAUCCUAUACAAGUGCAUCUACCAUGAACAACACGGACAGCAUCAGUGAGGAGAACAAGUCCACACAGACGACUCCGACUAGAAGAACCAGCACCGGAGUGACUCACACUGAAAAUGGAGCUUCUCAAAAGAACAUUCCCAAGAGCAGUACAGAAGAUAUCAGGACUACAAGUUCCUCCACUACAUCCUCCACAACUACAUCUACCAUGAACAACACGGGCAUCAUGAUUAUUGUCUCUGUGCUGAUUGGAGUCACUGUUGUAGUAAUUUUUGUAGCUCUGCUGCUGUGGAGACGUUUCUUCCAAAAGAAAACUGCUAAAGUCAGAAAGCCAGAUCAUGUCUAUGAAUCCAUAGGAGAUGUUCCACUGGAAGCACAGGGAAAUCAAUAUGAAGCCAUUUACGUCCUGGCAGGUGACCCAGCUAUAGUCAAUAAGGGGAAAAAGACACACACUGAUGCUCCCUCAUGUUCAGAGACACAAUCACCUGAAAAUCCGGUCGAGUCGGUGUAUUCCACAAUACAGAAACGGCACGCUUAAAUCUCUCACAUCUCAGAGUAUUCACAUUAACUAUACAUCCACUGUUUGUCUUUAAAGUACUAUGGGACAAAGUUAAUCAUUUAUCCAUUGUUGCCUCGGCCAGGAGGUUAUGACUUGACUGUAGACAGAUCUUUCAAUAAGAUCACUGGAUUCAUUCAUUCAUACUUCAUUAUUUGAUUUAAUUUUCAUUUUGUAGCAUAAUGUACAUUUUCUAAUUUCUAUAUUUUUAUAUAUUGUAUAUAUAGUCAAUGACAGACACUGACAGAGUUUUCAUGAUUUUGCUUUUAUACACCACCACAAUGGAUUUGAAAUAAAACAAUCAAGAUGU